AUGUACAUCAGCCGAUUCAGUGACACCAUGUACGAUGAGCUCCUGGAGAAGGUGGACCAUGUGGCCGAUAAACGCGCGUUGGUCUUCAGCAACAACUUCAUCACCACUGUGGGCGGCACAGACAACGCGGUGGCGGUGUGGCGCUUUCUAAUGGCGCCUAUGAAGCACACCGAGAUCCAGAUCAACGGCAUCAAGGUGCUCUUCACGCCUCCUCAGCAGCCGGUGGCUGCCAACGUUUCACACCUCCAGGACAGGGGGAUGCUGCGUUUGGAGAUGGUGAGCCAGCAGCGCUGGCACCUGCCCACCCUGCUGGUGCUGGUGCGCUGGGUGUUUGGGGACGUGCUUUCCAUCCAUGUGACGACGACGCUCACGGUUGACCCUGAUACGGGCCGGCUGCUCCACCAGCAAGACGUCGUCAAUAACUGGCUCACCGCCCCACUGGUGCUGCGGCUGCUGCUGGGUCUGAGCGUGCCGCUUGCUACUGUGCUGAUCAAGCCGUGA